CAAGAGCAGAGACGACAACGACGCCAGAGACAGGCCGAACGCAGUGGCUCCCGCAUUCAUUUACUUCGAGCGGGCGAAGGCGGCCAAACGAACAUCGAGCGGCAAACGUCGGCGCGGCCAUCCAGCAAACUAGUUUAAAGCACCAUAAAAAGCCCCAAAAGCCAACAACGGCGACGGAGAGCAGACGCGACUGGCGCCGGGGCCCCACCAAUAAAGUUUGCGGCUAGUGUGUUCAUUUUCUUCAGUGCAACAAAUUAGUUAAUAAAACUACGGAAAAUCUCUAUUGAGUGCAACUGCAGUGGGGAAGAGCAUGCUCUGAAUUCCGAGUCAGUUUUAUUCACCCACAAAAUGCCGUAAAUUUUGAGUGUUGUGGCACCGAAUCGAUAAAAUCGAUAGACCUUAAAGACAGGCACCACAAGGAAGCUAUAAGAGGAUUUCCAAAAUGAAUCGAUUUACAUGGAGCUGGUUGCUAGUGGCCCUGGUCUCCUUGGCCAGGAGCUCACCUGUUCCCAGUCGGCAGUACAGCUGCAUGAGCUACAUGGAGAACGAUAACUCCCUGCACGACGAUGACUCCGAGCAGGACGAUAGCGGGGAGCUGCUGGGGGAGCAGCAGCUCGAGCCCAGUGCAAUUCCUAAUCAGCCGCACAGACGCAGCUGCUCCGAGGGAUACACCUUCUGCUUUACCCUGUGGAAUCAGAGCUUGAAUAGCACGAGUAUACUCAAGCAAGGCUGCUGGAAGGACAACACUGACCGAAACUCCAUCUGCAAUCCGUCGGAGUGCAUCAGCACAGCCCCCACGUCGAGGACCAGCUCUUUGUACUAUUGCUGCUGUUCGGGAGAUGUGUGCAAUACGAAGUUUUCUGUGGUGGAACCCGCACCCCUGGAGCUGGGCUCCAACGAUAUCCGUUCCCCGCUCACCAAUCUGGCGACGACCAAGCAGCACCAGUCCUUCCUGGCUGGCACAAUGCUGGGCGUUGCUGGAGGAGUCACUGCCAUCAUGAUUGGCAUCUUCCUAGCCGUGCAGUAUUGUCGGGGGCCCAAGGAGAAGCCGGAGCCAGAGGAAUCCCCUCUGGCACCGUCGGGACCAGGCUACAGUUCUAAUCUGCGAAAUGUGGACAACAUGAAUCUAAUUGGAAUGCUAGGCAGUGGAAAGUACGGGACUGUCAUGAAGGGUCUGCUGCACGACCAGGAGGUGGCUGUAAAGAUCUAUCCCGAGGAGCACCAUCAGUACUAUGUGAAUGAGAGGAAUAUAUACGCUUUGCCCCUGAUGGAUUGUCCGGCUUUGUUGAGUUACUUUGGAUACGAUGAGCGCUGCACCAUGGACGGACGGAUGGAGUACCAGCUGGUGUUAUCGCUGGCUCCAUUGGGGUGCCUUCAGGACUGGCUGAUAGCCAACACCCUGGACUUUUCCCAAUGCUGCGGCAUGCUACGCUCCAUCACGCGCGGCAUCUCCCACCUGCACACGGAACUGCGGCUGGGGGACCAGCACAAACCCUGCGUGGCCCAUCGCGACAUCAAUACGAGAAACGUCCUUGUCCAGGCCGAUCUUUCGUGCUGCAUUGCCGACUUUGGCUUUGCUCUGAAAGUGUUUGGGUCCAAGUACGAGUACAAGGGCGAGGUGGCCAUGGCCGAGACGAAGAGCAUCAAUGAGGUGGGAACGCUGCGCUACAUGGCCCCAGAGCUCCUGGAGGGAGCCGUCAAUCUGCGAGACUGCGAGACGUCCCUCAAACAGAUGGAUGUCUAUGCGCUCGGACUCGUUCUCUGGGAAGUGUCCACUCGCUGCGCAGACUUUUAUGCCGCUGGACAGAUGACGCCGCCCUACAAGGCCCCAUACGAGCAGGAGGUGGGAUCCCACCCCAGCUUCGACCAGAUGCAGGCGCUGGUGGUGCGACACAAAGCCCGACCGCUCUUUCCCGCCGGCUGGGGAGGCGGUGCAGCUGCCAAAGUGGUGCGGGACACCUGUGAGGAUUGCUGGGACCACGAUGCGGAUGCCAGGCUCACGUCGCUGUGCGCCGAAGAGCGGAUGCAGGAGAUGUCGGGACUAAAGCCACGUCUACAGGCCCAGCCGGCCAGUCCGCUGCUGAACACCAACAACCUGGCGUCGCCCACAUCUCUGGAGCAGGUGAAUCUGACAACAACGACGACGACGGCAGCUGCAGUGCAUCACCAGAUGAACUCGGACACGGCGGGACUGCUCCAGCCGCCGCCCAACCAGCAGCUGCCGACGGAAAAGAAUCAUUUGAGCUACACGCAACAACAGCUCCAGCCGUACCAGGGUAGGAAUCCUUGCCAGGAGCGGAAUCUAGCGCCACUGCCACUGCGACCGCCGCCGGUGCUCGUGGAACGAAGCAAGAAGCACAGCUUCCAGACACAGCCCCAGGAGAACAGUCUAUCCUGCCUGGAGCACGAUGUUGGUGUGGAGGAGCUGCUGCCGCCAGGCGGCGGAGGCCCCCCUGCCCAUCACCACCAGAAGAAUACCAACACAAAUUCCAGCCUGGGGCAGGGAUUCCCCAAACAGCAGAACACGGACCACAAGCUACGCGGCUGGCACGGAGUCCGUGCGCUCAUCCACAAGAAGCUCUUCCGCAAGGAGCACGCAGAGGAGCUGUGCCGCCAACUGCAGCUGGGGGAGGAGAAGUCGAACCUGGUGGCAGCACUGAAAGCGGGGGGCGGCAUGCGACGACCCAACAAUCUCGACCUGAGCCCCCGUCAACCGCUGGAUAAUAAGUCCAUUCCCGUGCAGUUGCGGAGCGCGGAGCAGCGGAGUGGCACUCCCGCCCAUAUUGUGCCCCGAUCACUGUCCAGCAGCCUCAUUAAGCACAUCAAUAGCAGUAGCAGCACCACAACCACGAACAACAACUGCAUCCUGAGCCAUGGGAACGAACUGCAGACCCUGACGCGACCCUCCUCCAAGCGUCGACCGGGUCACCUGCGCACAAACUCCCUUCUGGUGACUAGCCAGACCCAAGGCCAGGGACUUCCCACGGAGCAACAGAUGCGCCGCCAGCAUAGUUUGGAGGUGUUCCGGGAGGUCUUCAGCGGCCGAGGGAGCAGCGAGCGGCUCAGGGAUCCCGCGGAGCGUGUGAAGACCCCUGGGGAUGUGCCGCCAUCGGUGCGAAAGGCCAGGGCCAGUAAGACCCUGAGUCUUUACGAUGAUCGGAUGAUGGACUCGUCGCUGCUUAAUAUACUCUAGCAUGAGGAGGUUCUGCUGCUGGAACUGUAAGGAACUCCAGACUGGAGGGGCAGCAGAACACGGACGAAACGGAGGGCAGAAUCAUAUCUCAUCCUCUCAUCGAA